AUGACCUCCGUACAGACCUUGUCAUCAAUGAACUAUCUUAACGAGCUAGGGACCAGGUCCAGCCUCCGUGCAGUCGUUGAGAAAUUAUCUGAGCAUGUAAGAAACAGAUGGAGGAAAAGAAACUUUGAUAUUAAAAGUAGGAAACGCAUACCGAACCUGGAUGAUAUAAUAUCAUUUGUAGACAGAGUAGUGGAUGAAGAGAGCGACCCUGUGUUCGGCAAUCUUCAGAAAUCCACUCUGAGGCAGCCUAGAGAUAAAUGCUUUGAUUUCAAACAGCAGAGGAGAAGGAAUGCUGCUUUCUCGUCUGACGCCAAGGCUAAACCUAUAGAGAGAACACAUGAGAGGGCCAUCAUAGGAGGAAGUAUUUCCAAGUAUGUACCCAAGUGCCCUAUGUGUGAGGAUACCCAUUACCUCAACCAAUGCGACCGAUUUAGAGAGCUUGCCGUUAAAGACAGACACAGCUUUGUUCUGAUGAAGAAGCUGUGUGUAAAUUGUUUCCAAGCAGGGCAUUUCGGCAGAGACUGUCAGAAGAAGUGGACGUGUAAUGUUCCUGGAUGUGGUCAAAGACACAACCGGUGGCUGCACCUGCCUAACCACCAGACAGCUACAGAUACCCUUGCUGCUAAACCCGUGACUACAAGAGGUAGCACGUUCCCAGCUAACAACCAGCCCGUAGGAACAAUCAAGUCCCGACCUAACAUGGACGUCAGGUGUGCCUUCGCUGGUGCAGGACAGGGCACAAUUGGCAUGCCCAUUAUCCCUGUCACCAUUCAGGACCUUGGACGCAGGAAACAGACAGAGACAUAUGCGCUCUUAGAUAGGUGUUCCAAUUCAACGGUGUGCACCGAUAGAUUGAGAACCAAGCUAAAUGUUCUUGGCCGUCCUGGAAUUAUGGAGCUAACCACUCUCCAUAGAGACCAUGUCGAAGAAGAAGUGAUGGUUGUAGAUCUUGAAGUGGGAGCUUUAAACAGCGGCAAGACGUUCCGACUGACCGACGUAAUCUCCCGUGAGAAACUGAAUGUGAGCUUAGACAACCGUGUGACUUCAUCAGAUAUCGGACAUAUGCUACAUCUACGAGACGUCACCCUGCUGAAUGUGGACGUUUCCCAAGUGGAUUUGAUAAUCGGCUCUGAUCAUGCACAGCUUCUGAUCGACUUAGAGUCUCGUUCUGGUAAGGAAGGGGAGCCAAUUGCAACAAGAACUCUACUAGGAUGGGCUAUGUUUGGCCCUACCAAGAAAUUUACACCCAAGAAAGCUAGCACUUACUUUGUCAACUCGACAUUGUCCCUGGAGAAACAGGUGGAGAGAUACUGGAAGUUAGAUGACCCGUUGUACAAAGAAGAGACUGCUCUGUCUGUGAGUAACAGGAAAAUUUAUUUCUGA